AUGGACAAAAGAAGGCUGUCUACGAGAAAUCGUGGUGAGCCUCCAAUGAAGAAACGGGCCUUGACCCCCCCAGCACCACCCCGAGCACCUCCUGCACCCUCCGCUCCACCGCAACCAAACGAUCCUAAGGAAGAGGGACUGCCCUUUAGACUGAAAGAUUCACACCUGCUGCCAACUCUUCCUGAGCCACAAGAUGCGAAUCUGUCAAUCCAAGAAUACCAGACCAUCUCCGAGAGCGGUGUGUUGGCAGCCUCUAUAGAACUAUCAAGGCAGAAAUGGUUUAAGGAAGGAGUCUUCGACCGCUACUGGGAGAAGCCUACUAAGAAAAAACCCAUGUUCGAGGCUCCCAACCCGCCAAAAGAGACAAUGUCAAAGCUCGGCGUCUGCUCACUGAUCGUCGAGCCCCACGUUUUCGAGAUUACACUCUACACUGUGAAGGACAAUCCCGUGGCCUAUACGCCUAUACAACCUCCUCCACUAUCGAGCCCACAAUACAAUCCGUUCGCGACUGCUGCGACAUAUCCUCCGUACAACUACAACACAGCCCCUGCACCUCCGAAAUACCAUGGCCAACAACAAGGUCUUUCCUCACAAACUACCCUUCCUCCAUUCCAUGAAGGCUUUGCUCAAUUCGGCCCUCAAGGACCUCCCCCAAUAGUUCAUGCACCAUUACCAGCUCCAGCGCCCGUUACUGCUCCCGAACCACCAAACCUAUCGAAGGCAAGGAGUACUAGUCAGCAGGGCGGGUCUCAGGAUCAGAAUGGUGAGCCCAAACAAGAUCCAGUCAUUCAGAUGUUAGCGACUCGGGCGGCCUCUGAUCACGGACUCAAAACUCUCAUGAAAGUGGUAGCCUCCGGUCAAGCGUCUCCGACUCAGCUUAAAGAUUUUCAAGAUCAUAUCGACGAGCUCAACACUAUCUUGAAAACCCAGCCAAAUCCGAGUGAGCCUUUGCAGGACGACAACCGACCUCACCCACCUCCACGUGGCGUGCAAGAAUACGUAUCUCGGGUCAGUGUUCCUACUUCAACGCCAGAUAGUUCUUGGACACAGGUCCCCUCGGUAGCGCCCUACUCAAAUCCUUAUGCCCAAGUCCCAUCCAUCAAGACUGAACCCUCUUCUAAGACCCAACCAUUUACUGCUCCGUCAGCAAGCUCAAAGUCAGCGUACACUGUGCACAAGCCUGAGAUCAACUCUAUCGUCUUCGACUUUGGGGGUACGGGUGACCGUUUCUCGUUCCCAAGAUUCAGCAUCCUCGAGUAUCUUUACGGAGGAACCCAGGUUAUUGUGUCAUUCUUGGUAAUCAGGCGAGGUAGUACAGCGAAGUCAGGGAAGUACAAGGACACCAAAAAUUACUACCAACCGGUCACCAUGCGCUUGUCAACGUCUCACCCACGAAUUUUGGAACCGCUAGCUAAAAUUGUUGCUCCUCCAGACGAAGUGAGAAGGUACAUGGACAGUGUCUUCGACAAAAUGAGUCCAGCAGAAACAGUUUUUCUUGCAACUAGGCUACCGCGUACCCAAGACGCCGAUGGACUGCAAAAGCCAGAAAUAAUUCCACGUUUAGAUCCACAGGUAAUCCGAUCAGUAUAUUCACCACCAAAUUCCAUCAUGCCGCUGGCAGCUUAG